UACGUUCACAGCGGCUCGCACACUUUCAAUUCCCUUAUAAUCAAGGACGAAUUUCAAUACGGUUAGUGUCUUAGAGUCAGCCUUUGUGUUUCCAGUACUUUAAUCGAUAGGAAACGUUUGAUAAGAGUGCCCUUGACUUAUUUCGCCCGAACUCAGUUCUUCGUACACCGCUUCUCGAUUUACAACAUUCUGUUACAAAAAGCGAACUCAUUCAAUUUCAUAAGAUGGCUUCUAAUAAUUCUGGCGAAGGAGCAGAAACCGUUGAGAUCGCUGAGUUAAAUGCUAUCAAAAGCAUAACAAACGAUGAGGAAAUCGUUGAAAAGGGAGCUGAUUCAAGUGACGAGAAGAGAGAGAAAGCAAAGCAUCAUUUCUCUGAGCCGUGGGAAGACAGUGAUGUGAUUCUAGUUGUGGAGAAUGAAAACUUUCAUGUUCAUCGCUUGAUACUGAGUAUGAACUCACCAGUGUUCAAAGCGAUGUUCAAAUCUCAGCUUAAAGAGGCAACCGCCAACGAGAUUCCACUACCUGGGAAAAAUGUAAAGGGAGUCUUGGACUUUUUGAUGAAAAUUUAUGGACCCCAGUACACAAAAAAGAAAGUGGAAAUCACAAUGGAAAACGUGGAACAACUUAUGCAGUUAAGUGACGAGUAUCAAGUAACAGAACACAUCUUCCAACCUUGUGUAGAGUUCCUUGAAGACGAACCUAAAACUAAGGAAAAUGUCAUGAAGAUUCGAGCGCUUGCAGAGUUUUAUGACCUAGAGAAAGUGCGUCAGGAUUGCGACGAACUGCUCAGGGGUAUGACGCUGGGGACUCUUUCUGAAACCGUCCAGUUUGAAAAUGUUGAGAAGGAUAAACUGCAGCAUUUUCUGACGCAGAGGAUAAAAGUGCUGGAAGAUUAUCUGGAGAAAUUGUAUCCACAAUUCAUAGGCCUCCUGGAAUGUUGUUUGUGGUUGUGGCAUGAGAAUAACCGGUCCCUUGAAUGGUGUCCUACUCAUUUCAGCAGAGGAAAAGUAGAUUUCAAUCUUGAUAAAUGUAUCAAGGGAUGUAAUGAUUGUAAAAAAAUGCUGGGUCGUUUGGCUUCAUCCACUUUCCCAAGAAUUAAAGGCUAUUAUACUAACAAUACACCAUACUAUAAUUUCCAAAACACUUAUGGCAAUGCUAUCUCCAAUCGUCAUCGUUUUGACAAGUGUUUGCCAGAUAUAAUUCAGAGAUACUCUCAGUUAAUGGCUUUAUAAAUGAAACAUUAAGAAAUGUGGCGCCAAUGUAACAUAAGUUAACAACUUACUAAGAUUCGGUGUACAUUUUUUCGAACUACAUCGCAUGAACAUUUAUUUUAAGAAGAAAUUUUCAUUAUUCUGGAACACUUGAUAACUUGAAUUUUGAGCAUCAUGGUAUUCAUGCAUGGUUUUCACGGAGUCGCUCCUGAUCAUUCGGAAAUAAUUAAAAUAAGGCUUAUGCUCCACUGUUAGGGGCUUAUUUUACAACAGAAUUAGGAGAAAUUUGUGAAGUAUGUAGCCAUAAAAGGUAAAUUUGAAGAGGAAAGAGUUUUUAGAUGUGACAUGGAUUGUAAACGGGGUUAAAAUUAAAUUUGUAAACAUGAGGGGCCUUAGGCCCCCCCAAAAAUUCGCAGCAUGCAUUCUACGAAGGCGCUAUCGUUUGUCAUCAAUUUAGAGAAUUACGUAAACACUUGCAUUCCUAAGCAGUCCAUUUGGUUCAUUAAAACGGGACAUGCCAUGAAGAUCAAUCAACAGGUCACGAAGAAUUAAACGUGCUCUUGAAUUAUGUAAAAAAAAAUUAGUAGAUUAAAGCAGUGAAAUAUUGGAGAAAAAGAUUUGCGUUCAGGAUGAAUGCCGCCAAAACAUUACAAAUGCAUGUAGCCUCUUCAACUGUAAUUUAAAAUUUGUGGCAAAAUAGUGCUGUAUUUAAAUACUCUUGUAUU